AUGCUUGCCAUCAAGUCAAUCAUCCUCCUAUUUACAUCUGCAGUCCUCGCGACUUCCAUCCCUCGAGAUGCCCACGCACUCGGCUAUGAACUCCUUUAUUCGGACUUGGUAGCUCUUGACAAAAGCGUGAACACCCUCACUGCCGCCGUGAACGCGUAUACGAACGGUACUGAAGAAGCAGCCCCGAUUCUCGCGGGAGUUUCGUACGUCAACGCGACAAAUCGAAAGGGGUAUUACGAUGCUAUGAGCGACAGAGUUGCCGUGCAGAAUUUGAACGAUUCUAUUACCAUUGCAGAUUAUGUCGCGGAUCCGAUUGCCGUUGACAUCACCGCGGGUGUCGCUGCUAUCAUUCAGAAGAAAGACCCACUCGUAGAAUCCGGGUUGCCGCAGCAGAUCUUGGACGGCUUGAAUCUGCUGGUGAUGGAUCAUGAGACUUUGAGUGCGGCUAUUGCAGCGAAGUUGGAUCCUGCGGCACUUGUGGUGGCUGCAGUGCCGGUUGCAGAGAUUGAUGUAGCUAUUCGGAGUGCCAUUGCCGACUUUGAGCUAUGA